GGCAGUGACUAAAGUCUGUCUCUGUGAGAGGAAAGAGAGUGCUGCUCUGAGCUUUCCUCACAUUUUCAACAGGCUACGUGGGGGCCAGCAUCUAAGAGACGAGGGAGCCCUGGGAGUGUGUGUCUGUGUGGCUAGGUCAGAGAGUGUGUGUGCCUUCUCGUCUGAGGGACAAAAGAGGAGUACAGAGAUCUGUCCUAUAGAAACCUCAUCACUGGCCGUUGGGCUCAGGACUGGAAGAGACAGAGAGGUUCUGUCAUUCUGUUGGAGGAAGAGGAGCUACACUUGUGAUAUUUUGAUUCUGAUAAAGAGGGUCAGAAGAGGAGAAAGGAGACAUGUCACAUGCUAUCCUGAGACGAAACUCCAGCAAGCAAGGUUUGCAGAACCUCCUGAAAAUAACCGCCCAGAGGAGCGUCGAGGAUGCAGAGGAGGUGGAGCGAGAGCGUCGGCGGAGGGCCCGGGAGUCCUUCCGCAGUAUGGGCAGCAGCAGUACCUUGGGCCCUGGAGGCCCCUCACUGGACAAUGGGGCCUUGGCGGAGGACGGCCUGUAUGAUAGGGAUUUGAAGCCCAGCAGCAGCUCUCCCUCUAUGGAGGAGGAUGAGGGCUUCAGUGACUGGACCCAGCGGCUGGAGAGACGCAGGCAGCAGGCCCAGCGCAUGGAGGAGCUCAGUCAGGCCACAGAGGAGCAGGACCAGAGGCCCCUGAACGGUGCCGCAAAGCCCUCCACACCACAUACCCUCUUUGGCUCAGCCACCCCCACCACAUCCACCUCUCGCCAGCAGAGUCACAAGGCAGAAGUGGAGGAUGAAGAGGAGAAGAAGUGGGGAAGAAAGGAAAGUGAGAGGAAAGGGAGGGAGCGAGAGGAGGAGGUGGUUAGAGAAGAGAGGGAGAGAGAAGAGGAGGCAGAGAAACAGAGGCAGGAGCAGAUGAGAGUGCUGAAGAAGAGAGAGGAGGACCAAAGACUUGAUGCUGGGGAGAAGGUGAAAGAGAAGAGCAAAGAGGUGAAGGUCUCGUACACAUCCAAAGUCAUCCUGCAUACAGAGGCAAAGCAUGGCAACGGAGACACAGCUGGGGAGAAAGUGACAUCAUACAUGGUCAAAACCAAACUAAGGGCUCCCAGGGCUGUGGUACGAAUGGCAGCGGCAGAGGUUGAGGAGGAGGCCAUCUUGGAGACAGAGGCCAAGCUGGAGAAGAUCCGACGGAGCCAUGCGGAGAAGGAAAACCAGGAGCUUGAGCAGCUCAAACACAAGCAGGCUGAGGCCGAGCAGGAGCUAGAGGAGCUGAAGAGGAGGAGGGAGGAGAGACGCCAGGUCAGGAAGGAGGAGGAGCGCAGGAGCAGAGAGGAGGAGCAACAGCGUCUAGCCAAGGAGGAGGAGGAGAAGAGGAGGAUGAAGGAGGACAUAGAGAGGAGGAGGAUGGAGGCAGCAGAGCGGAUGAAGAGCCUCAGUACCUCCAGCGUGGACGGAGAGGAGAUGUUUAGCCCGCUCAGUCCCAAAGGCUCCAUCUACAAGAUCACAGAGAGAACGGAAUCCUUGAACCGAUCCCUAAAGAAAAGCAACAGCUUCAAGAAGACACAGCCCCCUGUUCUCCUCGCCAAGAUCGAUGACAGGCUGGAGCAAUACACCACCGCCAUUGAGGUUAGCUCCCACCUUGUUUCUGCCCCUCCCUCCGUCCCGACAGACAGAGGCCCCAUUGGUGGGGGCUGUGAUGAAGGAUUUCAUAUGUACUCCCAGGAGGUCAAGGCAACCAAACAGGGCCUGACGGACAUCCCCAUGUCGCCUGAGCCAGUGUCCUCCAAGAAGAACUUGUUUGAGGCUGGAGAGGCCUGGAACCAGAGCCCGGCCAAAGGCACACCACCCAAGCAGGAUGCUGAGAGUCUGAAGGUGGGCGUGGCAGACAUGAUCACCCAGUGGGUGAAGGGGAACCCAGAUGGCACCAGCAGGAGCUCCCCCUCAAGACCAGCUGAUGUAAAAGCUGGUGACGUGAUGCAGAAAAAGAACAUGUGGGAGAUCAUUGGAGAAACAUCCCCUGGGAUUUCAGGAGCAGUGGCAAAGGGCAAUGCAUCUGGAAAAAAGUACAAAUUUGUGAUGACUGCUCAUGGCAAAUAUGAGAAGAUUCCUGUUGAUGAUGAUGAAAAUAUGGAUGAAUACACCAAUGGAAAAGCAGACAUGCAUGAAAGAAAAACGUAAAGCACCAACAACAAGCUGAGGAACCUACAGAAACUCAAGACCUAUACCAUGGUGAAUAUUGAAAUACAAAUGUUGGUGGCAAAGACUUUCUAUUCAAGAUGGUAUGGACUUCAACAACUCCAGCCACCUUGUCAGCAAACCCUGUGAGGAUAUCCUGCAGUAGCACUUGUUAUGAAAACAAUAUAAUUCACAGUUUAUACCUUUCCUUCUGCAUUCAGUAGGUAACUUUUGAGAACUUCUUAAAUGGUUAGUUGUUGCUUUGUUCUGUGUACUCACUUUGAACAAAGCAAUGAGAACUCGCCAGUUCAAUUUAAUCUUCAGACUUGUAUUGGCUUACAUGUCAAAAGUAUCUUUCACAUAUGUUUAUGUAUAUAUGAAUAUGUUUUUUUACUUACUUUUACUUUAUCUUUUUUUCCUUCAUUUUAUGCCAUUGACAAACAUUAGGUGAUUGCAUUUACCUAUACCGCACAUGUAUGUUGGAAAUUAUGCAGAAAGUGACAUAAAACCAAAACCUAAGCUUUGAAUUUGAAAUGGUAACUCUUGUAAAAUGUUCUGGUUUGGUAAGUUUGAUCACUGAGCCCGUUAAUUGUAAUAUCAUGUUUAUAUUUUAUUUUUCUUCAGGCUGUUGUUUGAGCCCAGAGAUUAUCCAAACAUCUUCUGAAUAUGGUGUUAAAGGCACAAUGCGGCUAUUUUUACAUCAAUAUAAAAUCAUUUCUGGGUAACAAUUAAGUACCCUACUGUGAUUGUUGUCAAUUAAAAUGGUCAAAAAUAAAUAAAUAGCUUCUUAGCAAAGAGCAAUAUCUCAAGCAAGAAUUUACCUAGGACUGUCUGGGAGGGGACUGAGUGGGAGGGAAAAACUGAAAAUGAGCUGUUAAUUUCAGAGAGGUUUGGAACUCUUUCUUAUUGGUAUAUUAACUCAUUUACCACCUAGACAGACCAAAACUCCAUCCCACCAAAACAGGCUAAAAUUUCAGACUGCCUUUUCAAACCGCUCUUACACUAAAAGGGCAUUAUCAUAAUUUUCACAGUAUUACUCAAACCUCAUAGUGUGGAAAUAUAUACAGUAUAAAACACAGGAAAAUGUCAAAUGUCUUUAAAUGCUAGGCUGCACUGGGUGCUGCAUAUUCUCUAAGCUUUUAAGCGAGUCAUCUCUUUUUUUGUGCAUUCAUAAAAUACUGCAUUGAAAUGCCAAAUGAUUUUGCGGUAACUGAAUCAUCUGGUUACAGAACAUUGAUUGUGUCUGUUGUAUUAAUAACACUUUAUCUCACACAUAGUAACAUUUCAUCCUGCUAUUUAACCAUGAUUCUGUUUUCAGUUCUGCACACUGGAGUUUUCCACCACCCUAUUUAUGUUACCAAUGUAACAUUUUAUUCUUAAAAGACCCAUCAUUGUCAUUUCUGCUUUUCUUGUUAUUAAACUUUCAUUUUUUUCUCUUACAUUAAAUAAAGUAUUGUAUACAAUGA